GGAGUGCUCAACUACAAGUCCACAUAUCGGCACAUCUUAGCUGAAGCCUGAGGCAGCCUUUUGUGGCUGUGAGUCUCGAAUAGAUCACCUUCUUGGCUUCCACUACAGAAACUAGACCACAAUAAGUUGAGAAAACGGUGCCCCACUACAGAAACUAGACCACAAUAAGAUGAGAAAACGGUGCCCCACUACAGAAACUAGACCACAAUAAGAUGAGGAAACGAUGCCCCAGUAUUGUCCUACAAGAGAAAAUUAGAGUGUACCACGGUACCAGAGAACCACGGGCAAGUGUUUGCUAGUGGUUCUUCCCCUCGGUUUCCUGAGAAACUGUUGAUAAAUAGGCGUUGGAGCCUACCGUUUGUUUCCGAAGACCAAUGGAGAAGGAGUUGCUUCCCUUUCCUCUCCUGCCAUGGCUCCUCCUCACAUGCUUCUCUCCAUUCUUUGUUCAUUCUAUGGAAUUGAGUACCUCUGCAUGCUCAAGUUCCAACAUCUCUAUCCCUUAUCCUUUUGGUGUCCAUGGCCAAAGCCCCUCCCCAGCUCAAGGGUUCGAGAUCAAUUGUACUUCAUCUGGUCCUAGGCUUCCCAUAGGCAACAACUCAAUUAGUAUUCUCAACAUCUCCCUGCUGGGUGGUUAUGUGACCAUCCUGGCUAGUGCCGCUUCCCGUUCCCCGCAGUGCAGAGGGAACAUUGCUAGCUUCAGCCUUGAGGGGACAAACUUCACCUUCUCCGAUACAAGGAACAAGUUCACCGCUGUCGGCUGUAAUAUGGUGGCCAUGCUGUUGAAUGGUACCAGUGGUGGUUACAGCGGUGGCUGCGCUUCUUUUUGCUCUAAUAAUAGCAUCGUCGAUGGUGCUUGCUCUGGUGUGGCUUGCUGCCAAGCACCGGUGCCAAAGGGGUUGAAGAAGCUGUAUUCAGAUUUCACAAACAUAAACAUAACUGCCAGUCUCAGCAAGUAUACUUCAGCAUGUGCUGAGGCGUUCAUCGUGGAGCAGAACUCCUAUGCUUUCGCUACUGCUGACCUGAAGAUCCUGAACAACUCAAAUAAAAGCCCUCCUCAAUACCGGCAUGUUGUUCUUGAGUGGUCCAUAGAUGGUGGCAGCUGUGAGGAGGCAAGCCGCUCUGCAUCAUAUGCUUGCAAGGAGAAUUCUUACUGCUAUAACUCGUCUAAUGGGAUUGGAUAUCGCUGCAAUUGUACCAACGGGUUUCAGGGGAACCCGUACCUGCAAGGGCCUGGUGGAUGCCAAGAUAUCGAUGAGUGCUUCCUUGGAAAUCCAUGCACACAUAGCUGCAUCAACGUGAAGGGCGGUUUCAACUGUACUUGCCCAUCAGGGAUGAGUGGUAAUGGCCGAAAGGAUGGAAGUGGCUGCAAUGGAAUUGGCACGCUGCAGAUUUCAAUAGUUGUGGGACUAGCUCUGCUACUGCUUCUCCUUGUUUUCAGUUUCUGGACUCACUGUCUUGUUAAGAGGAGAAAGCUUGCGAAGAAAAGACAGAGAUAUUUUAUGCAGAAUGGUGGUGUGUUACUGAAGCAGCAGAUGCUUUCACGGAAGGCACCAUUGCGGAUAUUUACCUCAGGUGAGCUUGACAAGGCAACCAACAAAUUCAGCGAUAACAAUAUUGUUGGCAGAGGUGGAUUCGGGACAGUCUACAAAGGUAUAUUAUCGGAUCAGACGGUUGUAGCAGUCAAAAGGUCGCAGCGGGUUGAUCAGAGCCAAGUGGAGCAAUUCGUGAAUGAGCUGGUCAUUCUUUCACAAGUGACCCACAAGAACGUGGUUCAGCUACUAGGCUGUUGUCUUGAGGCAGAAGUUCCCUUAUUGGUGUAUGAAUUCAUCUCCAAUGGUGCCCUGUUUCAUCAUCUCCACAAUACAUCAAUCCCAAUGUCAUGGGAGGACCGCCUAAGGAUUGCAGUUGAAACCGCAUCGGCACUUGCAUACUUGCACUUGGCUGCAAAGACGCCAAUCGUUCACAGAGACGUCAAGUCAUCGAACAUUCUUCUCGACACGAGCUUCACCGCAAAGGUGUCUGAUUUCGGCGCGUCAAGGCCACUACCCCCCAAUCAGACCCAUGUGACGACCUUGGUGCAGGGCACACUAGGGUACAUGGACCCUGAGUACUUCCAGACAAGCCAACUGACCGAGAAAAGUGACGUUUACAGCUUUGGCGUGGUACUUAUUGAGCUUUUGACAAGGGAGAAACCAAUAUCAGACGGUCAGGUCGACGAGGUUAGAAGUCUAGCAAUGCAUUUUAGCACGUUGUUCCAUCAGAACCAGUUGCUGAAGAUUGUAGACUCUCAAGUGGCCGAGGAAGCUGGGAUGAGACAUGUCAAAACAGUCGCGCAGUUGGCUUUGCGAUGCUUGAGGUCGAGAGGUGAAGAGAGGCCGAGGAUGAUUGAGGUUGCGGUUGAACUUGAAGCGCUGAGAAGGCUGAUGAAACAACACUCUGUCCUGAAGAGUGAAGAAGAAGAGCCUCUGCUUCCUCUGCUUCGAGACUUGAGUUGCCACGGGGAGAUGAAUUUCGAUGCGCAGUUGAGUUCGAACCAUGAUGGAAUUGCCAAGGAUGAAAGUAUGGAGAUCAUUCUACUCCCAUCCGGCGAUCUCUCAUGUUAGGUCUUUCAUAAUUAUCUGUUCCAUUUGUGGUUAUCUGGCAGCAAGGUAGAAACCCAGAGUAGGUUUAUUAUGUCAGUUAGUGUUUUUUUUUUUUCUUUUUCGUAUCUCUGGUCAUCCCAACUUAUCGACCAGUUUGUAGGUCAAGAAAUGACUGCUAAAUUUUCGCACUUGGAUUUCACCAAAACUUCAGACACAAAUCAUAACCGCCUUUGCAUU